GAAAAUGUCUAACAAAAAUGUUAUAUCGUUCCACCCAUACAAUGAGGCUUCUACAAGCAAAGGCAAGAGAAUUCGUGGGACAAAUUUUUCAAAAGAAGAAGAAUUAGCUUUACUAAGCAUUAUAUCUCGCCAUAAAAAUAUAAUUGAGAACAAAACGACUAGUUCAGUGUUACCUAGUCAAAAGGAAGAAGCUUGGCGUAAAAUUGCAGAUGCAUUUAAUAGCUGCAAUCCCAUGAGGUCCAUAGCUCAAAUGAAAAGUAAAUAUGACAAUUUGAAAACAGCAGCUAGACGAUUUUCGGGAAAUGCAAACCGUAAUUUAUAUGGCACAGGAGGUGGGCCUCCUGUAGUUGUCAACCCAAACCCCGUAUAUGAUGAAGUUUUGUCUAUAAUAAACAAAAAAACUGUAUCGGGGCUGGUAAAUGAAUAUGAUGAUGAUUACUUAGAUCAAGGGCAGAGUAAUAUAGAAAUCAUUGAGGAGACUUCUGAAGAUUUGGAAAAUGAAGUAGGAAUCGAGAACGAAAGGACCGAAAUUUAUCAGGAUCAAAUUGUAGAUGAGGAUGAGACCCAUGAAACGGAAGAGUCACAGAAUAAUACAUGGAAAUUUUAUACACCAAAGAACAUCCAGCAGAAGAAACACCCAAAAUUAAGCGUUUUAAAUAAAUCUGCACCAAAAAAAGUAAGAUGCUUAGUAAAUGAAGACAGACGAAAAGAAAAGAGACAUGAGAAAGAGAUGGAAUUGUUAGAUUUAGAAAUUGAGGAAAAGAAAAAAUCUCUUAAUUCAAAUUAG